UGCAGACCGUCUUUGAGGAACAUUGAUCUCCAAAACCUUAUUCUAGUCUCUUUUCGCAAGAUUUGUACUCUGAAGAAUGGUUUUGGGUUAUAAACACGCUGCUGCGCUGCCACCUAGUCUACCCCACGAGCCGCCGGUCGAGCCUGGAGAAGUCAAAGUGCCCCUGAAUGACGGUACAGAACUCCAUUACACUUUCCACGAGGUUGAGCCUCUGAAGGGCGACAUCGCGAGCAAUGACGCUAAGGACGCCGAAGCGGCUGGUGCUAGCAAUGACACAAUUCUUAGCACCGACAGUAACCGUGCCACAUGGGGAGGGAAAAUGGAAUUUCUUCUCACGUGUAUUGGUUACGCCGUUGGGCUUGGUAACGUCUGGAGGUUCCCUUAUCUUUGUUACAGAAAUGGCGGAGGCGCUUUCCUGAUUCCUUACAUCAUUAUGUUGGCCUGUGUGGGUCUUCCCUUGUUCUUCAUGGAGCUUGGCUUUGGUCAGUUUGCCAGUCUCGGACCUAUCACUAUCUGGCGUAUUAGCCCUCUUAUGAAAGGUCUUGGAUACGCGAUGGUGAUCGUCUCUUGGAUCGUCACGCUGUACUAUAACGUAAUCAUCUCUCACACGUUGUUCUACUUGUUUGCCUCGAUGACCCGAGAACUCCCGUGGACAACAUGUGGCAACUGGUGGAAUACCAAGGCCUGUAAGCCUUACAACCUCGUCGAUAACACCACAUCUACUACCAUAACAACCACAACUACCACUGUGGCGACCACUGUGCUCGAAGCCAUCAGUUCCACAGCCAAAACUGCGGUAGAGAAGGCGAAAACCCCAGCUGAAGAGUAUUACCAGCGAUACGUGCUGGAACAGAGUUCAGGCAUGGAAGACUUCGGCCUGCCCAGCUGGAAGCUUGCGCUGUGCCUGUUGUUGGCAUGGAUUGUUGUCUACGUGUGCCUUAUCAGAGGAAUUCAAUCCCUAGGAAAGGUGGUCUAUUUUACCGCUAUUUUCCCUUACGUCAUGCUGACCAUUCUUCUCGUCCGUGGAGUAACACUAGAAGGCGCUGGCAAGGGAAUAGAGUUUUAUCUGAAACCAGAUUUCUCCAGACUGGCAGAUUCAAGGGUAUGGAGUGAUGCUGCUACCCAGAUCUUUUAUUCUUUGAGUACCUGCUCCGGUGGUUUGAUCGCCAUGUCCAGUUUUAACAAGUUCAAUAACAACUGUUACAGAGAUUCACUGAUCGUCUCUCUUAUCAACUGUGGUACAAGUAUCUUUGCCGGCUUUGUCAUCUUUUCCGUCCUAGGGUUCAUGGCUCAUGAGAAAGGGUUAGACGUCAAGGACGUAGUUGAUGAAGGACCUGGUUUGGCCUUUAUCGUCUACCCAGAGGCUCUUGCGAGAAUGCCCGUGUCACCUAUGUGGGCUAUUUUCUUCUUCAUCAUGAUGGCAACCUUGGGUUUUGGAUCUCAGUUUUCCAUGGUCGAGAGUGUCCUUACCGCCUUUAUUGACGAAUUCAAAACAUACCUGAGUGGUCAGAGAGAGUCUUUGAUCUUCCGAACAGUUGUCAUCUUUUUGUCCUUUCUUCUCGGGCUUCCCAUGGUUUGCAAGGGUGGUAUUUAUCUACUGAACUUGGUUGACUACAGCUUAAGCGGAUUUCCUCUCCUUUUCAUUGGUUUUUUGGAAGUCAUCACCAUCAAUUGGUUUUAUGGUUACAAAAAUUUUGCUUACGAUAUUCAGCUCAUGUUGGGACACAAACCAAACAUUUACUGGAAGGUCUGCUGGCUGGGACUUUCUCCUCUGUGUAUAUUUGUGAUUAUUAUCUUCAGUAUUAUCCAAUACAAGGAGCCUCAUAUGAGCUCCUAUUACUACCCCGGCUGGGCACAGGGCAUGGGCUGGUUGAUGGCAAUCGCGCCUCUGAUGCUUAUCCCAUGCUGGGCCUUAUUCGUAUACUGUAAAAAGGGAGGGUUUGAGUUGUUGAAAGAUCUCGGUCAACCAUCACGCAACUGGGGGCCGUCUUCCAAAGAAAAUCGCACAGGGAAAUAUGAUGAAGUCCAAAUGUCCAUUGAAUCCCUGGAUCUGAAUCAUCAAGGGAUGCUCAAUCACGGUUAUGGCAGGAGGAAAUAUGGCGGCAGUGAAGCCACGUUAUCGACGCCAGCUUCUUCCAUGUUCACGAUAAACGCCAGCAAAGGCUCCAUAGUGAUAUCACCGAGUAUUGAAUCUAACGUUUAAGAAUGUACAAAAUUAGAAAUCAUUUUUGUUUGUUUUAACAAAGCUGUCCUGGUGAUAUGCAGGUAGAGCCGUAGGAACAAUUCAUAGUAUCCAGGAGAAAUGAGAUAACGCAUGCCCAUAAAGCGACAUAAAGCCGCCCGCAAGUUCAUUUCCGGUCGCUGCGCAAAUCCGGCAGCAGACAUAUCCUCAGGAUAUGCGUGAGUCAGACAGCGGAGCCAACCAGUAGAGCGAGACUGUGUUGUUAUGUUUUCAUGCACAGGAGCCGUCUACAGAUAGAUCCUGGUCCGACCAUAGCUGAUAAACAAUGCGAGACAUUAUUAUGUUAGCCUAAUAGUGAUGCUGUUACAAGCUGGAGAAAGCGCAUAGGCAAUAUGCAGAUGGUGUCGUCCUGGCCGAGCCUACAGAUACAGGGUGAAGUUCGAAAAAAUUUUCGCACCUUUUCAGGAAGAAAAAUGGAGAAAUAAUAUCCCGAAUUACGAUAGCAUAAGGGAUAUAAAGCCACUUCAUGAUCACUGUUCAUUCCGUCGAUACUGACAAGCAUUAAAAUGCUCAUUUCAUUAUGUAUAUAAAACCACUUCCAUAUUAGACAUACAUGUAUAUAUUAAUGACUGUCAGAUAGCAAAGACUUACAACAUCCCCCCUGUUCGAAAGGUUGUCAUUCUGUGCGUGAAAUGUAACAUACAUAACAUUUGUCUAUAUCAAUGCAAAUAUCAGUCACGCAUUAUCAAAUAUUAGAUAUAUACACAUCCCUGGUCAUAACAAACUUUUGCUUUCAUGUCAUUUUACAUUAAGACCGUUGUGUAACUUUCAGAUGGAGUUGUUUCGGCAUUUCCAUUAGCAUGAAGUAUUUAUGAGCCAUUCACCUAAUAUCAAGGUGUACUGCGAGGCUUUAAAUCUGUGCGUAUUUAUAUCGGGCCGUAUUAUAUACAAGGCUUUACAUCUAUUAGACUAGAUAUGGGUAAGGUAUCCAAUAUACUUUCUUAUUUUUGACUAAAAACUUUGUACAACUGUAUCUUGCAAUCUGAAGUCGAAACAUCUGUUAGUUCAUCUUACUUGUUUUUUGUAGGUUAAAUAUUUAAUUUGGUUUUUCCUGUAUAUGUUGCAUGUGGUUUUCAAUGAGCAGCUGCAAAUUUGAAUACAGCUGGCGCUCAAGACGUUUUUUUUAAAGAUGGGGUAUAAAUUAAAAGGUGGAAUCUCAUUUACAAAACUUUCUGUACAGCCUUUUGGGUUAUACAUUCCAAGUGCAUUUAAAAUUUAUAGUUAUCUAUCUCACAGUCUGAAGGAGUAUUGAGAUAUAAUCAGUCUUAUGCAUAUAUUCCUCAGUGUAUAGGUAUUUUUAAGUGUAUAUAUGCAUUAUUUUAUUUAAUGAUGAGAUGUCUGUGAUUCUGAUACCAGUCGAUCUCGUAAUGCAUUUGUUAUAAUCUGUACAUGUGGUUAGAAAAUUAGUUGUUUUGGGGAUCUCCGAGUGAUAGAACACUUUUCUACAAGGCCACUUCCCGUUUAAGAUCUGAAUCUGUUUAAUAAAACGAUAAAAUGUUUUAAUUUUUAAAAUUUUUUAGUCUUAAACCAGUUGCUUAUUCGAAUUUUUCUUGAAAGAAAUUCCCGGUGGUGUUGAAGCAAUAUAAAUUUUACAAAGUUUAGAAAUUUGCAGAAACAGCGUUUAACAACGAUACUACAAAGAUGCAAUGCUAAGAAUCAUUGAUCAACAUGGGAUUUGUAUGCAACAGGGUAUUUUUAACAGCGCUAUACCUUACAAAAGUAUUACUUACAAAAACUGUACAUGGAUGUCUAGUAUAUGAGGAUAUUAGUAUUUAAGGAUAUUUAUGGGUUUACUAAAACGCUCCAGGUGUAAUCGUUUACACAUUCUUACGAAGGGCGCGCACGCCAUUGUUCUGUAUGAGCCUACGUAAGUACGAUUAUUUUCUUAAACAUCUUAUGCAUUCAAACCAGUUUACGUACUGCCUCAACUGAUAUUUGUAAUAGUGACAAUGGUUUUGUUAUGUAUAAUUUGGUCUAAUAAAAAAAUAUAGACCUAUUCUAAAAAAAA